AUGAUCAUUGAACAAUUGUCAGCGAUUUCAUAUAAUCAACCGAAAUUUGAUUCAUAUGAUACUUGGAGUGCGAAUGCUAUUACUUUUGCCACUUCAGCUGUAGUUGGUUAUGGCCCAUUUGGGAUUUUUAUUGAUAUUAAUGACACAAUUUAUAUUGCUGAUAAUACAAAUAAUCGAGUUCAAAUAUGGUUAAAAAAUAGUGCGAAUCCAAUACGAACAAUAUCUGGAGGAUUAGCAUCACCAUUUUCUCUUUUCAUUACAGAUAAUGGUGAUAUUUAUGUUGAUAAUGGAAAUGUUAAUUAUCGAGUAGAUAAAUGGUCAUUGAAUUCAAGUACUAGCGUACCUGUCAUGUAUGUUAAUUCAGGAUGUCGUGGUCUUUUUAUCGAUAUUAAUAACACACUGUAUUGUUCAUUACAUUCCCUUCAUCAAGUGAUUAAAAAAUCAUUGAACAAUAUUUCAAAUGUAACAAUUUGUGUGGCGGGUACAGGAACUUCGGGAUCUGCAGCGAAUAUGUUGACUCAACCCUACAAUAUUUUUGUUGAUCUUAAUUUUAACUUAUAUGUAGCAGAUUUUGGAAAUAAUCGAAUUCAGUUAUUUCAAUUAGGGCAAUCUAAUGGUAUAACUGUAGCAGGAAAUACAUCAGUGAAUACCACUAUUACAUUAAGUCAUCCGAGUGGAAUCGCACUUGAUGCUGAUCAUUACCUUUUUAUUGUUGAUCAAUACAAUCAGCGAAUUGUUGCAUCAAGUCAAAAUGGUUUUCGAUGUUUAGUUGGAUGUUAUGGACAGAUUGGUUCAGCAUCAAAUCAAUUAUAUUAUCCAAUGAAUCUUGCUUUCGAUACUUACGGAAAUAUUUAUGUUACAGAUUAUGCAAAUAAUCGUAUUCAAAAAUUUAUCCUUCUGAACAAUUCGUAUGGUAAAACAACAUCAUUCAUAAAUCAGAUUACAAGUACAGCAACAACAGCAGUGACAACUGAAAUACCAACAUCAUCUGCCAUAGAUUCUAUAACAAGUACAGCGAUGAGAGUAACUUCGUCAAAUAUCAAUAUGAAUGGAACUUGUUUUCCUCCUAAAGUAACAGUUAUACCUGGAUCAUCAUCAUCAUUAUCAAUUCCAAUAGAAUUUCGACGUAGUCAAUCAUUUUCUAUAAGUUCAUUAAUUGAAAUCAAUUGUAAUGAUACAUUAUCAAUGAAUACAAAAUGGACAAUAAAGAGUUGUAAUUUAAUAAAUUGUUCAUAUUCAAUAGAAUUAGAUCCAACAAUCGUAACAACAUUUAGUGAAAUAUAUAUUGCCGCACGAACUCUUCCUUAUGGAACAUAUGAAUUCAAAUUAACUGUAAAUAUGGUUAAUUUCUCAAAUACAACAACAAGAUUUUCUUCAAUAUAUAUUCGAAUAAUCUCAUCAAAUAUUAUUGUUAAUCUUGUUCAAUUGGGUACAUCAAUGAUUACAAAUGGAAAUGAACAAGAUUUACAAAUUGAUCCUGGACAAUAUUCUAUUGAUCCUGAUGAAAAUAUGUUCAAUAUUAGUAAUUGGAAUUAUCAAUAUUAUUGUCGAAUAUAUGAUGAAUAUCAAUUCUCAAUUCUCAAUUAUUCAUUGAAUUCAUCAUGUUUAUCUGAUGGAAAAGGACGGCGAUUUGAUAAUUUAUUCAAUUCAUCAUUAACAAUUCUCGCUGGUACAUUACAAAUCAACCAAACAUAUCAAGUUCUGGUUCGAUUGACUAAUUAUCAAAAUUCAUCAAUUCAAUUCAUUGGAUAUUUAAUUGUUAACAUUGAACAAAGUAUUUCAUUACCAACAAUUUUCAUCGGAUGUGUAAUAUCAUCAAUGUGUAUAUCAAAUAAUAUUGAAUAUCAAUACGUUAAUCCAACAACACAAUUAUCAUUAUAUUCUAUAUGUAAUCAAAAUUGUCAAUUAAAUCAAUAUAAUAUUACAUGGAAUAUUUAUUAUGCUACUCAAAAUUUAUCUGUUAAUAGUACAACAUGGGUUUUAUUUCAACAAACAAAUUUAUAUGAAGAUAUUUAUAUUUUUGGUAGAAAUGCAAGUAAUAUUACUGUAUUAAAGGAAUUCUUUUCUGAAAAUUUUCAAAAAACAAUUUGGAAAUUUGAAGUUGUUUAUCAAUUUGAAAGUGAAAUAAGUAUUAGUUCAUUAAAUUUUCUUCUUAAUCAACCACCAUCAAAUGGUUCUUGUUCUAUUAAUCCUUUAAACGGUACGACAACUACAUUAUUUCAUAUAACAUGUUUCAACUGGUUUGAUAGCAAUGGGAUUAAAGAUUAUACUCUCUAUGUUUGGAAAAAUGAUUCAUUAGAACGACAAAUGAUUGCUUUUUCAAUGAUUUCAACAUUUGAUGUUUAUUUACCAAUAGGAGAUAAUGAAACAUCAUUAAUUAAUUUAGUAAUAGAUAUUCAAGAUGAAUUUAAUUGCUUAAUUGAAGUGAAUAUCUCAUCAGUUAAUGUUAUAUCUGAUGGAAUCUUAAUUGAUAAUAUUACAGAAAAUCCAAUGAAUAAAUUACUUUCAAGUGAGAAUCAAAAUCUGAUUGCACAAAUAAUAAUAUCAAUUUGCGAAGAAUUAAAUCAAAUGAAUAAGAACUCGUUUAUAGAUUUAUCUGUUUCGUCAUUAGAUACAAAAUCUCAAUCAGAAAUCUUAGUAAAUCAAUCAAUGUUAAAUGCAUAUAUAAAACAAUUAAAUUCUCAUUCAAUUCUUCGAGAAUAUCUUAUUCAAUUUCUUAUACAAUUUCCUAUAAUAACAUUGAAUAAUAUUAAAUUACAAUCAUCAAUACUAUCUCAAUUAACACAAAAAACAAAUGAAUUAACACGAAUGACAUUAGAAAUCAUAUCAAAUCGAUGUUAUCAAUUAGCAUCAAUGUUAAAUACAAUGAAAACAGAAGUUUCAUACGAAGAUGUUCAAUUUAUAUCAGCAAAUCUUCUUCAAUGUUCUUCUAAUCUACUUACUAGUGUAAAUGGACCAUUACAAGGAAGAACAAGAGUUUUAGAUAUAGAUUUCACUCGAGCGACAACAUUUCCUGUUGAUUAUGAUACAAAUCUUGAUUUCGAUUGGGCUAAUCUUAAUUUAUUUUCUGAUGGUAAUGAUUUUUCAUGGGAAACCAUCGAAAAAAAUCGAAAUCUUUAUUAUCAAAAACAAUUAUCUAAUCAAAUUACAAAUCAAAUGAAUAAAUUACUAAGAUUAUUAACUUCAACCUUAGUUAUUCAUUUAAAUAUUGAACAAACUUUUCAAAUUAAAACAUCACAAAUUUAUAUGUCAUUAGAAUCAAUAAUUGAACCAUUAGCACCAUUUGGAAAUUCAACAUUAUUAUUCAAUACAAAUUAUUCUCGAUUAGUAUCAUUUACAUUAUUGGAUCAAAAUUUCAAUGAAAUAUCAAUAAAAUCAAUGAGGAAUCAGUCAAUUCAAAUAAUUAUUCCUCGUGAUCAAAAUUUAAUUAUUCCGCCAAUGAUUUUUCAAAAUGUUACAUCGAUGAAUUUAACAUUUCAUUAUCAUUAUUUAAAUAUAUCUUCAUUAAUUUCGAUAUCAAUUCAUUGGCAAAUUCAACCAUUAAAUGAAACAAUUGCUUAUUUAUUUCUAUAUAAAUUUGAUGGAAUACCACAAAUCAAUCAAAUUGACGGAUGGACUAUUUUUUGUCCUAAAAAUUUACUAAAUAAUAAUAUUUAUGAAUAUUUUAUUGAUAAUCAACAAACAUUAAAUCAUCAGUAUCUUAUAUUUGCUUUACAAGAAUUAAAUUCAACAGAAAUUAUUGAAAGAUGUUCAAAUUCUUCAACAUUUAUUGAUCCUCCAAUUCGAGAUAAACCAUUUCAAUUUACAUCGAAUUAUCAAUUUAGAGUUUAUACAUCAUCUUGUUAUUAUCUUGAUGAAAAUAAUCAAUGGAAAACAGAUGGAUUAAUAGUUGGCUCAUUAACAAAUCUUAAUCAAACAGAAUGUUAUUCAAAUCAUUUGACAAGUUUUUCCGGCGCUUUCUCCAUUUAUCUAACCCCCAUCGAUUGGAAAUAUGGAUCUACUAAUAAUGAUGAUUUGACAAAGAAUAUAAAUAUUAAUUCACGUUGUUAUUAUGAAAACGAUCAUGGAAAAAUUGAACGAAAUUUUAUCAUUGGCAAAUCAAUUUGA